AUCGCGUCAAUACUCAUUUUUAAGUCGAAAAUUAGAUAAAACUGUGCAAUUUAAAUGUGUUUACCCUGUGCAAAGUAUUCAGCAGCGAUGGUUAUUUUGGGAGAGUGACAGAAAAGGUGGAUAUGAUACAACGCAUCAAGUUUCUAUUUUUCAACAUUUGAAGCAUGGUUUCAAAGAACUAAAGGGAGAGUGUAAACUAUGGCUGCAUGAAGUAAAAGAGUUGAUUGAAACUGAUCCGCUACUAAUAGCUAGACCAGGUGAAACAGAUCUAAUUUGGUGCUUUAACGACCAAAAUAUCCUGGACCAAUUUAUAACGACUGCAGAUAGCGACCAUAACCAGGGUUACAGCUCCUGCAAGUUGGAAAUGAGCAGUGCUGGCCGCGCGCGUUUCUAUGGACAAUUGGACACUAGGGUACCGAAGGAUGGACGCAUCAAGAAAGCUGGAUAUUGCGCUAUGAGAUCGAAGAGGAUUCGGAAAUCUUUCAAACGUGAGUGUACUUUUAACUGGAAUCUUUACAACACGCUGGUACUGAAAGUGCGCGGGGACGGUCGGUCUUAUUUGCUAAACAUAUCCUGUGAAGGAUACUACGAUAUCACUUGGAAUGAUAUUUAUCAUUAUGUGUUGUAUACUAGAGGAGGACCUUACUGGCAGAUUGCGAAGAUUCCAUUCUCGAAGUUUAUUUUGGGCUCAAAGGGACGCGUGCAGGAUAAACAGAACAGGAUGCGAUUAGAUCGUGUCACGCACUUUGGUAUCUCCUGUGGCGAUAAAAUUGAAGGCCCUUUUGAUUUAGAAAUUGAAUAUGUUGAUGUUCCUGAGCAAAAGUUCGUCUAUUUCAAAGAUGGUAUAAUGGAGGUUUGGCGGGUACCAAUGAGCCAAUCAGCUAUUUCGAACCUUCUGCGUAUCGUGCGGUCAGGUGUCGAGUAGAGCAGAGUAACAGUUUAUGCAGCACAUGAUAGUAAAGCAAAAGACAACCGCGUCAUGAAUCACAAGUAGUCUAUUUGGACGCCUGUACCAAACUAAAACUAUACCUACUUUUACACAAUAGGAUACAACAACAAACAC